AUGUCUUCUAUACAGACUUGGCAAGCUCUCGGACAGCUCGGACUGUCUGUCAUUGCUCCCCUUGCAGCAUUGGUCGCUGCGCUGGACUUUGCCGGACUCCCUUUACUCGCUGCAUUCGCACUCACAAUCCUCGCUUCUCCUGGCCUUUUCCUCGUUGCCAAAGCUUGGAAGCGUGCAUCCAACCGGAGAAGAGCUGCCGCACUAGGCGCUGAGCUUCCUCCAACCGUUCAUGACGAGUCCCUAUUCAAAACGGGCGCCACCAACACGAUGCUAACGAAUAUGGCAAGCGGAAGGCUUGGAUCGCAUCUCUUCGCAUGGAAAGAGCAGUACGGUCCGACUUACAUGCUUGAAACUACUUUGGCGGAUAGGAUCGCAACUUCAGAGCCGGAUUACAUCAAGUCCAUCCUAGCUACCGGCUUCAACAGCUUCGAAAAAGGUCCCAUCACACGCAUACAGAAUGGCGAUAUAUUGGGCUCGGGCGUCUUCAACGCGGACGGCGAUGUAUGGAAGUUCCACCGCGGUAUCACCCGACCAUUCUUCUCUCGCGACCGCAUCUCCGACUUUGACGUCUUCGAGCGUCACUCGCGCAAGGCUCUCGAUGUGAUGGCCCAGCGCCUUGCCUCGGGCCAUACGGUCGACUUCCAGGACCUCGUCUCGCGCUUCACGAUCGACUCGGCGACGGAGUUCCUCUUCGGCAAGGACGUGCACUCGCUCGACUGCCCUCUCCCGUAUGCCGGUCAGCCUGAACAGGGUCCAACGAACGCCAACGACGAGUUUGCGCAUGCAUUCCUCGGCGCUCAGAUGGCGUUGGCCCGCCGCGCACGCUUUGGUCCCUUGUGGCCGGUCUUCGAGCUAUUUGACCGCGAGCAUGCGAAGAACAGGCGCAUCAUUCGCAACUAUGUGGACCCCAUUGUGCGUGCGGCGGUGUCGCAGGCUCGCGAGGAUGCUGCGGAGCGUGGUGAGACGGUCGGAGAGAAGGGUGCGAAUACACAUGAGGUGCAUGAGGGCGAGACGAUGCUUGCGCAUAUGGUUCGCUCGACGCAGGACCCAACCCUUCUUCGUGAUGAGACGCUGAACAUCUUAAUCGCCGGACGCGACACAACCGCCAGUCUACUUACUAGCACAAUCUACGAGCUCGCUCACCACCCGGAGGUUCUUACCAAGCUGCGUGAGGAGAUUGCCGAGACAGUCGGUAUGGAGGCGACGGGCACGCUCGAUCCCGCGGCUCUGCGUAGCAUGCGCUACCUCCGCGCGGUUCUCAACGAAGUUCUGCGCCUUUGGCCUCCCGUUCCAUUCAACGGCCGUGCGUCGCGCGAGGACGUACUGUGGCCUGCGCAGCAGCCGGGUGGCAAACCCAUCUUCGUACCGGCAGGAACCUUGUGCACGUAUUCGGUCUUCGUCAUGCACCGCCGUAAGGACCUUUGGGGCGAGGACGCAGACAAGUUCGACCCUAUGCGCUUCAUCGACGAGCGUGUCAAGAUACUUACGGGCAACAACUUCAUAUUCACGCCGUUCAACGCCGGUCCUAGGAUCUGCUUGGGACAGCAGUUCGCGUAUAACGAAGCUGGAUACUUCCUCGUUCGCCUGCUUCAGCGGUUCGCCAACGUCGAGCUCAAGCAGCCGGUCGAGGCGCGGCCGCCAUGGGCACAGGAUAAAGAGGACGAGGUCUGGAUGCGCUCCCAUCUUACGCUCUUCGCACACGGAGGCGUAUGGGUACACAUGGACGAGGAGAAGUGA